UUGUUCUUUUCACCAACAACUCCAACUCGUAGAAGUAGUGCAGUAGUGUUGAGUUUUUAAAGGGAAACAUAUAAACCAGGGCGAAAGGCGGAUGCGAUCGGUUUUUGUUUUGUUGCUUAGGGUUUUGGCAGGUUGCGCGCAUACAUAAUGAAGCAUGUGGUGAGCAUUAGUGCAUUUUUGCAGACGAUCGUUCCUUCAGGCCAGAACACACACCCUCGUGCGUGCUUCAAUAUGUGCAAACACUUUCUGUAACUCUUCGUACGCGCGUGUGUGUAUGUGUGUGUAAGUGUGUGUAACGGUGAAUUGCAGCGAAUCGACUUCCGAAACGGGGUGAAAGUGUCGAUGUGCGUGCGAUUAUAAUCUAUUCUCCCUUCUCCUACAAACUCCAUUUCCCAUUGUUGUUAGGUGGGUGGGUGUCUGUGCAUCAGGUGCGCCGGCAGUUGGAUGAGGACUCUUGGACUACCAGUCUGCGGCUGCGACUGUCUGGGGGGAGACGGAGACGGUCCGUCAAUCGCCGCAGAACGCCGGACGGGGCAGUGGGUGUUGUGUUGGCUAAAAGUGUGAUCGAGCUGCGUGUGCAUCAAAGUGUGAUCGCGUACACACGGUGGUGGUGUUGACGGCGCUGACUACCAUUUAAGACGCUUCGCCGAAUAGCUUCAACCACCAAACCACCAACCAGCAUAUGAUGGCAGCGACUACCACUACGGCGACGACGACGACGACGAUGGCGGCUCGUGUCAGCCAUUGUAGUAGAAGCCACCGAAGGCGGGGCAGCAGUGGCGUUGGCGGUGGUGUUAUGCUAAUCGCAUCAAUUUUGGUAUUAUCAGUCCAUUAUGGCCACGCACAGGAUUUUGGAUACGAUGGCGAUAAAGGACCCUCCCACUGGGGUGAACAGUACAAUUCCUGCACCGGCAAGCACCAGAGCCCUAUCAACAUCAACUCGCUCGACGUGAAGAAGGUCAAUCUGCCACCGCUAGUGUUUCAGGGCUUUGAUGUUUCACCCCGCGAAACGAACCUCACCAACAACGGUCAUACCGUGGUCGUCACGAUGGAGUCCGAGGUAACGCCGACCGUGUCUGGAGGGCCGCUUACGGGCGUUUACGAGUACUCGCAGCUUCACUUCCACUGGGGCGAUAACGAUACGUUUGGCAGCGAGGACAUGAUCGAUAACCAUCGCUUUCCCAUGGAGCUGCACGUGGUGUUCUUCAAGCAGGAGUACAAAAACGCACGCACCGCCCUGAACCAUCCCGAUGGGUUGACGGUGUUGGCGUUUUUCUUCGAGAUCGCACCCGACGACAAUCCCAUGUAUCAGGAGUUUAUCGAGCUGCUGGGGAAUGUCACCGGUAGCCACCUUUCCGCCCGGUUCGAUACGCCGCCAUCGCUCAAGGACCUGAUUGCGGACGAUUUGCUGCAUUACUACACGUACGAUGGUUCGCUGACGACACCGCCCUGCAGCGAGGUGGUCACAUGGAUCGAUUUUAAGGAACCGAUCUUACUAUCGCACGCACAGGUACAAGCAUUCCGAGCGCUAGAAAAUGAGGAAGGACACCCACUGACACACAACUUCCGUCCGGUGCAACCGCUCGGCGAUCGGGUGGUGCUCUACAACACGGAUGAGAUUAUCAAGCAGGUCGAUCUGGAUGGUGAGCAGCCGGAGGAGCCGUCGGAAGCCGGCGUUGACACCAACCAGCUCGAUACGGGCCGGUCGGACGAAGCGCCAAAAGCACCCAGCGAUCCAAACGGCAGAAAGCAUCCGCGCAAUGCUGGCACACCAUCGAUCGCAACUCGGUGGUCGUCGGUGGCAGUUGUCGCGCUGUCAUUGCUAUGGACCGCUUUCCUUCGCUCGGAACGAUACUAAAGAACUAAAACCGAUCCUUUGCAGUUGUAAAUAUAGCGAAUAGAGUAGUAGGGAAGCACACGUUAGGGUUGUAAUAGUUAAUCCCGAGGGUGUUAGUUCCGACCGACACGCGUUACAUUGUUACCAGAGAGACAGAGAGCGAGAGAGAGAGAGAGAGAGCUACUAGUGAACCGUGAUACGAGCAGAUACGAACAAGAGGAAGCGCUAAUUAAGCACAAUUUUAAUGCCACAAACAAAACACAAACACAGAACAGAUACAGCUCGCAUGUAAGAUUUCUAGAAUAGAGCGCAUCGCUUAGGAAAAUUAUCAAAUAAACUAAUUAAAACGUA